UAAAAAUUGUGAUUUUUAAUUUCUAGUUUCAAAAGUUAAGAAUUUGUUCAGAAGUCAGCCGAACUAUAUGAUUUAAAUGACAAUUCUCCAAAUGGUGUCGUUUUGUUCACAUAACGUUUUGUCCGCAUAAAAUUUUUAUGAUUGCCACAUUACCAAUAAUUUCACCAAAAUUAUGACCUGUGCAAUGGGACAAUUCUAAAAUACUCCCUCUGUCUCAAGGUAGUUGAAGAAUUUCUUUUAGACACGAGAUUUAUGUAAUUGAUAUGUUAGAGAUUAAAGUAGGGACAUGAGAUUUAUGUAAUUGAGGUGGCAGUUCGACUGCCAAGGGGGCCGCCCCGCUACCGGUGGCAGCCCUCCGCCGACGGUUGCCUUCUUCCCCGGUUGAAUGGUGAGUAAUUUUUUAGAAAAUUAAAGGGCAAACAGAUGAUGUUUGUUGGAGAUUCUCUAAGUCUUAAUCAAUGGCAAUCUCUUUCAUGCAUGCUUCAUGUGCUUGUACCUCAUGCUAAGUACACCACCAAGACUGUACAAGGCCUCUCUACUUUCACAUUUCAUGAUUACGAUGUGUCGCUAAAGUUCUACAGAAAUGCAUUCUUGGUGGAUAUAAAGAAUGAGGAAAGAGGGAGGGUGUUAAUGUUGGAUUCUCUAAGUUCAAGCCAAAUUUGGGAAGGAAUGGACUAUGUUAUUUUUGACUCUUGGCAUUGGUGGCUCCACUCCGGCAGGAAACAACCUUGGGAUUGGGUUGUGUACGGAAACACGACUGUGAAAGACCUAGACCGUAUGGUUGCGUAUGAGAAAGCACUCAACACAUGGGCCAAAUGGAUCGAUUCCAACAUUGAUCCAACCAAAACUCAAGUAUUCUUCCAGGGCGUUUCGCGAUCACGACUCGUGCACGGGGCAUACGGAACCAUUAAAAAGUCCAGGAAGCCCUCACCCAGCAGAGGUGGUGCUGGAGAAAGUUCUGGGAGCAAUGGACAAAGAUGUCUAUUUACAGAGGAUCACAGGAUUAUCACAGUUGAGAAUUGAUGGACAUCCAUCUGUUUAUGGGCAUGGAAGCCAUAGGGAUUUGGACUGCACCCAUUGGUGUCUAAGCGGAGUUCCUGACAUUUGGAAUGAACUCUUAAAUGCCUCUACUAAUUAGUCCAUUAUGAAAUUGAGCAAUUUGUCAAUUGUAAUACUAUUAUUAUUGUUGUUGUUAUUGAUAAAGAAUGUAUGUUUGUAUA